GUGUGUUUGUGCUUCUUCAUCAAUCGAUCGAUCGGGUGGUGAUCGAUCAUGUCGACGGCGCACGGGCACGGGGCGGCGGCGACGACGCUGCCGCCGGGGUUCCGGUUCCACCCGACGGACGAGGAGCUCAUCCUCCACUACCUCCGCAACCGCGCCGCCUCCGCGCAGUGCCCCGUCCCCAUCAUCGCCGACGUCGACAUCUACAAGUUCGAUCCAUGGGACCUCCCCUCCCAGGCGGUGUACGGCGACAGCGAGUGGUACUUCUUCAGCCCGCGCGACCGCAAGUACCCCAACGGCAUCCGCCCCAACCGCGCCGCCGGCUCCGGCUACUGGAAGGCCACCGGCACCGACAAGCCCAUCCACGACGGCGCCACGGGGCAGGCCGUCGGCGUCAAGAAGGCGCUCGUCUUCUACAAGGGCCGCCCGCCCAAGGGCACCAAGACCAGCUGGAUCAUGCACGAGUACCGCCUCGCCGCAGCCGACCCGCUCGCCGCCGCCGUCAACACCUACAGGCCAGUCAAGUUCCGCAACGUCUCCAUGAGGUUGGACGACUGGGUGCUGUGCCGGAUCUACAAGAAGACGGGCAUGGCGUCGCCGAUGAUGGCGCCGCCGCUCAUCGACUACGACCACAUGGUCGACCACGACGACCUCUCCAGCGGCGGCGGCGGCAGCUUCGACGAGGCUACCGGGUUCUACACGCAAUCCAACAGCAGUACAUGCAGACCCAUGAUCAUGCAGCAGCAGCAGCACGCCGGGAGGCUCCCGACGAUCCCGCCAAUCUCCGACCUCUUCGACGACUACGCGUUCGCCCAGAUGUUCGACGCCGAGGCCGAGCACCUCGCCGUCCAUCCGUCCCUGAACCAGCUCCUCUCCGUAGAAGGCGACAGCGCGGUCCACCGCGUGGAGCCGUCCUACUACGCGCCGCCGUCGUCGUCACCGGCCGGCAGCACGGGGAAACGCGAGGCGGCCAGCCCGGAAGAGUGCGCCCACCAGUCGUCGGCCAAGCGGCUCAAGGGGUCCUGCUUCGAUGCGCCGCCGCAGUCGGCGCGCGGCUUGCAGCCGGCUUCGGCGGUGCUGGGCGGGCUUAACCAUCAGAUGCUCCCUCAGUUCUGAGCUGUAAUUAAUCAACUUGAUUUGGCCUGUAUGCGCGGCGACACCACCAAAUCUUGCAGAUGCUAUCAAGAUUUUAAGAUAGAUGAUAAUGUGUAGAACUAAUUAUUUACUAUUCUAUUAUUGAAAAAAAAAACCAGGCAUGUAUACAGUGACGGGCGCAUGAAUUUGGAGAUGAUACUACGACACAUUAAAAAUGUCA